UCAUCUCUCGAUCGCGCUCGCUUGGUUGCUCUUUGUCUCCGGCAGCGCAGACCCACCAGCGACUCCACGGCGGCAGCGUUCUCCGGAUUCGACGGGGCGCGCCUUUCAAGAUCGCGAUCUUCGCCGACUUGCACUUCGGCGAGGCUGCCUGGACCGACUGGGGCCCGGCCCAAGACGCCAAUUCCGUCCGGGUCAUGUCCGACAUUCCUCGACGCUGAAAAACCAGAUUUCGUGGUGUAUCUCGGAGAUCUCGUAACGGCGAACAACGUCCCCAUCGCGAACGCGAGCUCGUACUGGGGCCAGGCGACAUCUCCAGCACGCCAGAGGGGCAUACCGUGGGCUAGCGUUUUCGGCAACCACGAUGAUAUGCCGUUCGAGUGGCCAAUCGAGUGGUUUUCGGGUCCUGGGAUUCCCGAGGUUCGUUGCCGGGAAGUGCAGUACUCGUGUAGCUUCAAGGGCACUCAACGUCUGGUGCUGAUGAAAAAUGAGGUUGAGCAGAAUGCACCACUGUCACGCUCCAAAUUCGGACCUAAGGAGCUGUGGCCUAGCAUAUCCAACUACGUCCUUCAACUCUCGUCACCCGACGAUCCGAAAUCGCCAGUUCUGUUCAUGUACUUCCUGGAUUCUGGUGGAGGGUCGUAUCCAGAGGUCAUAUCGAGCGCCCAAGCGAAGUGGUUCGAGCGAAAAUCGAGAGAGAUAAACCCUGAAUCGAAGGUACCUGAGAUUAUAUUCUGGCACAUUCCAAGCAAAGCCUACAAGGAGGUGGCGCCAUGGUUUGGAAUUCGCAAGCCUUGCGUCGGCUCCAUCAACAAGGAGAGCGUAGCUGCUCAGGAAGCCGAGUUUGGUAUCAUGGACAUGUUAGCCAAAAGACCUUCUGCGAUAUUUGUAGUAGGGCACAACCAUGGAUUGGACUGGUGCUGCCCUUAUGAGAAGCUCUGGCUGUGCUACGCCAGGCAUACCGGCUAUGGCGGGUAUGGGAACUGGGCCAGAGGAGCCAGAAUGGUGGAGGCAAUUGGAGAGCAAGACUUCUCUCUCAAGUCGUGGAUAAGAAUGGAGGAUGGCAAAGUGCAUAGUGAAGUCGUGUUGAGUUCUUGA